UUGGUGUUGGCAAUAACAAAAGCAGAACCAAACGACUGUCCGUUGCAGAGGCCUGAGGCUCAUGAUUUGCCCAUGGAGAAAAGGUAACGCUAGCUAGCAGCAGAGGGGAAAACCAAAGCAAAAAAAAGUGGAGUCGAUGGGUAAUUAUAGGCAUUCAAAGAAUCCGGGAUCUCAGCCUCUGUGAAAAAAGCUUGCAAGAAGAAGCAACAAUAACAACCCAAAUUCACAAUUCACAAAAAGGUCAUUCCUUUACUUUACCUCUUCCACAUCCUGGGUUUGUCAUUGAGUGAGCCAGACCAAAAGCUUACCUUCUCUCUCUCUUUCUGCACUUCUCUUCCCAGUUCCCUCCCACCAUCUCACUUACAUGGUUUCUGUUCUAUCUCCACCGGUGGUUUUUGAGGGAGAUGGUGGGAAAUACUGCUCGCAGUAGUUCUUUAUAGUGCUCUCUACAUUUGUGUCUUUGUGCCUUUUUCUGCUCUUUGAACUUCUGCAUUCAUCCUGAAUCAUGAGGAAGCAUGGAUGGAAGCUGCCUUACCAUCCUUUACAGGUGGUGGCGAUUGCUGUAUUUUUGGCCUUGGGAUUUGCAUUUUAUGUGUUCUUCGCUCCUUUUGUUGGAAAAAAGAUGUAUCAGUACAUCGUUAUGGGCCUCUACACACCACUGAUUACUUGCGUCUUUGGACUGUACAUUUGGUGUGCAGCUGCUGAUCCAGCAGAUCCAGGAGUUUUUAAGUCCAAAAAGUAUCUAAAUAUUCCAGAAAGUGGAAAGCUUGCUGGACUAAAUGGUUCUAAAGUAGGUGGGGGAUCAACAUCGUCAAUGCAUGAUGCAAAUGCUUCAGUGGUUGGAGCCAAAUCGCUGGAGAAGGAAGAACUGGGAACAGAAGCAAGUUUGAAAGAUGCUGUUAUUUCAACAGAGAAGAGUGCAUCAGCGUCACCUUCAUCCUGCCUCCUGUCUCCUUGUGCUUUAAUCUGCUGCUGUUCCAAUCCAAAUGAUGAAUCUGCUGACCGACAAAAUAGUGAAGAUGGCAUGUUCUAUUGCAGUUUGUGUGAAGUUGAGGUCUUCAAAUACAGCAAGCACUGUAGAGUCUGUGACAAGUGUGUUGACCGCUUUGAUCAUCAUUGCAGAUGGCUUAACAAUUGCGUAGGGAAAAGGAACUACCGACAGUUUUUCACCCUCAUGAUUGCUGCACUCCUAUUGCUUAUUCUUCAAUGGACUACUGGGAUAUUUGUGCUCAUCUGCUGUUCUCUAGAGAGAAAGAAAUUUUCAGUGGAUAUCUCUGCCAAGUUGGGAAGCAGUUUCUCUCUGGUGCCUUUUGUUAUUGUCUUGGUUCUUUGCUCAAUUUUGGCUGUCAUUGCUACCUUGCCUCUUGCUCAACUUUUCUUCUUUCAUAUCCUUCUCAUUAGAAAGGGAAUCAGCACUUAUGAUUACAUCAUAGCUCUGAGGGAGCAAGAACAAGACCUGCAAGGAGUUGGAGGUCAGCAGAGCCCCCAAAUGUCUACCGUCAGCUCACUUACAGGAUUAAGCAGUGCAAGUUCAUUUACUACCUUCCACCGCGGUGCAUGGUGCACACCCCCACGCAUGUUCCUUGAAGAUCAGUUCGAUGUGGUGCCACCAGAAACAGGUUCUGUAAGCUCACUAGGAAGGAAGACAGUGAGGGAUGAACCAGUUAAGAAAAAGAACCCCAGAACAGUGAAAAUCAGCCCAUGGACAUUGGCACGGUUGAAUGCAGAAGAUGUCUCAAAGGCUGCGGCAGAGGCAAGAAAAAAGUCCAAAAUCCUGCAACCUGUAAUGCGACAGGACAAGUCUUUCAGGCUAGAACAUACCAGCAACUUUGGAAGCAGUGGCCGGAGGAUGGUCCCGAGGAUUGACAGUAACAGAAGGAGGGCGAGUAAGCGAGUUCGCCUUCCAGCUGACCUACCUAUGGAGCCUCUAGCAAACGAUUCUGCCAUUGAUAUUGAUAAAAACUUUGGUGGAACAUCUAAUUUAGCCCCUCUUCAGCCGGAAGCGCGCAGCGCAUUCCAAACUAGUAGAGUAAUGUCAAGCUCCGCUGGGAUCAUUGCUGCUUCAUCUCCUGAAAGCAGUUUAGAUUCUCCUGAUAUCCACCCUUUUCGAGUAUCUUCAUCAGCAGCUGAAGAAGCAAGGCAGCUAGCAGCAGGUCUUUCAGCUGCUGGCCCUGCAACUCUGAAGGAAAUCCCUCUGUCAAGGUCAACUAGUGAUGGGUAUGAAGCUUCUGGUGGGGAAGAUAGUGACAGGGUUCCUCCUACUAGGAUUGUUCAAAGAUCUACAAAUUGGACUAAUCUUCUUUUCAAUCCUGGUCAUGAUGAAAGGUACUUAAACCCAAAAUCUUCUUCUGGCCCGGUUUAUGGUAGAAAGUUGUGACCAAGUUGGGAGCUUUGCUUCUGACUGUAUUGUUGGGAAUUUUUCAUUCUUUGAUUUGUGAGCCAGAGGUAUUUUCAGCUUUUGGAAGCUAGAAGCUGACCCCAAAAAAAAAAAUGUGCAGGAGGGUUUCGUGAAAGUUAUGUGGGAACUGAUGUACAAAGUUUUUAGGUCACAGGGAACUGGUGAGCUAAGCUUCUUGAUACAUUGCCUCCUUGCGCUAGCUGGCUGUUGUAUUUCAAAAUUUUCGUCAAGCAAUAUCCUGAGAUGGCUUUUACUGAUUGUCCAUUUUGACAUUCUGGAGAGGGACGCUGCUAACUAUUAAACUAUAUUAACAUCGACAUUACUG